CUGUCAAAGUUGAAUAUACGAACGACGAGAAAGUCUCUCUCUCUCUCUCUCUCUCUCUCUCUCUCUCUCUCAGCGCUAUAGAAGUUUUCUCACCUCUUUCUCAGAGAGGCCAAAACGCUGCGUUUUAAAACUCUCCUACGUGGCCAGCGCCAGUUCAAUCGCCGCGCUUUCAGAGCGGUUUUACGCCUCCAAGAACAUUUCGGACCAGCAGCGAACUUACCUCUACAGACUGCUAGCAGGUUAUGGCAAACCCAGAACCUGUAGUGGCAGCAAGGGAGAUGAUCCAAGUGAACCCUGUCUCAAGAAAGCCUCGUAUUCUUCUUGCUGCUAGUGGAAGUGUGGCUGCCAUAAAGUUUGGUAACCUCUGCCAUUGUUUUUCGGAUUGGGCAGAAGUAAGAGCAGUUGUCACAAAGGCAUCUUUGCACUUCAUUGAUAGAGCAUCAUUGCCCAAGGAUGUAAUUCUUUUCACUGAUGAGGAUGAAUGGUCCAGUUGGAACAAGAUAGGUGAUAGUGUGCUUCACAUUGAACUCCGUAGAUGGGCUGAUAUUAUGGUUGUUGCUCCAUUAUCAGCAAAUACGCUAGGCAAGAUUGCUGGGGGACUUUGUGACAAUUUACUGACUUGCAUUGUCCGAGCAUGGGAUUACAGCAAGCCAUUCUUUGUUGCACCAGCCAUGAACACCUUUAUGUGGACCAAUCCUUUCACGCAGCGACAUCUCACAGCAAUUGAAGAACUUGGAAUUUCGGUCAUCCAGCCUGUCACAAAGAAGCUAGCUUGUGGGGAUUACGGGAACGGUGCAAUGGCAGAAAUUUCUAUAAUCUGCUCAACUGUAAGACUCUUCUUAGAGUCACGGAAUCAACAAAGUAGCUAAAAUGUUCAGCAAAUUCAUGGAAUCAACAAAGUAGCUAAAAUGUUCAGCAAAUAGUAUCAUAACAGAGUUGUAUAAUUUUGUAGACCAAGGUCAUAGUUUGACUUUGACUUUGUAUUCUUAACAUUCUAGAAGUGCUGUUAUGCCCCCUUUAACUUUUCUAGUCCAAUUGUUAGCGCAUCUGAUACUGUAAGAGCUUUCUGAGAUUAAAUGUAAUCUCUGGAUAGUUUUCAAUGGCAAUGUUCCCUUUUCUAGAA